UUCCCCAUUGUGACUGAGCACAUUUAUCAGUUCUGAAGUUGUGUGAGUAAAUGAACAAUGGAGAUCAUCACAGGAUUUCAUGAAAAAUUGAAAGAAUACACGUUUGUGUUUGAGUAUGUUGUAAACAUUGUUCAUAUCAGUACUAGUUUAUUGAUAUUGGUGCCGAUCAACUGCAUUAUCUUCACACAGAAACAAUUUCAAUGCAUGCCGCCAAACAAAACUAUGGAACGUCAUAUCCUAGAUAGACUCGAGAAUCGUUGCUAUGAAGAUUAUUCCCCUUUGCCCCUGCCCAUCUAUUGGAAUAUUCAGUUAGCAAUGGUCUGCAUCACUGUGAUAAUCUAUUACAUUUGUUCAUAUUGGGUUGUUGAGCAUAAAGAAAUGGGUCCUAAGGUACGAAAAGGUAUUGCUAUUGGAUACCUAAUUCAAACCCUGAUUCAGAUAUGUAUCGAAGUUGUCUUCAUAGCUGUCAUGAAUUCAAUGUAUGGGUUUCAUAUCCCCAGUGAAUACCUAUGUCAACAGAAGGAUGUUCCAAAUGAAGAUAUAAGAUGCGAAGUCCUUCUAGUAGAUGCGAAGCUCGCUGUUCUGUGUAUUAUGUUUAUUCGUUUUCUACUGGUCAUAAUUCUACAUAUCAUAGACUUCUCCAGGACAGUUGCACACAUGUGCAACUGUGUUGUGUGCAACUGUGUGAGUGACAAGCUUAAGAUUGAUGACCUCCUUCCAAUACUCAAGAGAAAAGAACAAGAAGUCGAAGAUGAUGUCGAGAGCAAUGAACAACAAGUGCCCCUUGCUGGUCCAUCGCAAAGUCCAGAGGCAACAUCUACGGCAGAAAGAGCUGACCCGGGAUUAAACACUCCAGCAGAUGAAGAUAGCCCUCGGGAACAAAUUGCAUCAGCAGCAGCAUCAGUUACUGUCAGUAACUGCAAAAAUGUCCAGGCUGGCAACUCAAAUCAGAUGAACAUCAACACAGACCAACAUGAUAAUGCAGCUGGCCCAAGGAAACAAAAUACACCAGCUAAUGUCAAUAAAGAAGCACAGCCUUUACCCCCAAAUGUGACUAUUCAUGAUAGCGAAAAUGUCCAGCUUGGCCAUGGGAAUGUGAUAAAUAUUUGGUGA